GUAUAAGCAUAGUAAGUGCAACGCACACAUAACAUCACUCAUAUAUUAUUAUAAAUAAUAGUACUGUUUCUAUAUCAAAGUUAUAUGCUGUAUCAAAACAGCCUGAACUCCAACCUUUGCUUAAUCAAUGAUUGUAGAUGUUUGCAGAACAUGAGUAACACCUCAUACUCGACUAACAACUUUCAGGUGAACUUCAUCAAAUCUAUAGGAGGCAAAGAUGCAAAAGACUUUUGCCUUGAACCCCUCAACUUCAUAAAAUGCUUGCUAGAGACCAUAACACGUACCAAUGAGUACAAUGUGGAAAAUGCUAUGAGUGAGGGGCUCUGACUUAGUAAACAGAGAAUAAAGAUGAAUCGGGCAGCUUCAUUAAGUUGUGUAAAUAAUGAUACUGUUUUCCGUAUUUGUAGAUGUAUUGAAAUGCAUAUUUAUGUAUUCAGAAUUUUUUGUUGAGACUAAAAAGAUGAAUUCUCUAAAUUUUGCAUUCCGCC